UUCCGUGAGCCUUCUGAAGCGCGCGUGAGCCGCAAAGUAAUAUGGCGGCCGCCAGUGGCUGCCAGUUCUGCGCCCGCCAGAUGCUGCCCCGGCUUUGGGCGGGCCUGGCCGCAGGGUCCAGGCCGCUCCUCCGGGCAUCGGCUUAUUCCACCGCGCUAGUUGUGGGGAGCGGGGGGCCCAGCCCGCGCGAAGUUGCAGCAUCGAGAAGAAGCAGGACAUCACAAAUUGCAGGAAAUAGAAGAGUGCCUGGAGCUCCUAGAACUGAAAAGAUGGCUGUUGAUCAGUACUGGGGCAAUGUUUAUCCAACUGCGGCAGCAUUUAAUCCUUCUUCGGUGCCUCUUCCCAUCCGAAUGGGCUAUCCUGUGAAGAGAGGAGUACCUCCACCAAAAGAAGGCAAUUUGGAGCUUAUAAAGAUCCCCAACUUUUUGCAUCUGACUCCCACAGCAAUUAAGAAACAUUGUACAGCUCUUAAAGAUUUCUGCACUGAGUGGCCAGCUGUAUUGGACAGUGAUGAGAAAUGUGAGCAGCAUUUUCCUAUUGAAAUUGAGACAGUAGAUUAUAUUUCAGCAGGGCCAUCUGUUCGUAAUCCCAAAGCAAGAGUGGUGACUUUAAGAGUUAAGCUUUCCAAAUUGAACUUGGAUGACCAUGCAAAGAAGAAGCUCAUUAAACUUGUAGGAGAGCGGUACUGCAAGGACACAGAUAUGCUUACCAUUACAACAGACAGGUGUCCAUUAAGGAGACAGAACUAUGACUAUGGAAUCUACCUCCUCACAGUUUUGUACCAUGAAUCGUGGAAAACCGAAAUGUGGGAAAACGAGAAGACUGAAGCUGACAUGGAGGAGUAUAUCUGGGAUAAUAGCCCCUCUCAGAAGAAUGCUUUGGACACGCUUCUUCGAAUAAGAGCUGCAGAGAAAACCACUGAAGUAACUAAGGAAGAGCUGCUUGCCUCUGAGAUAGUUGAGAAUUACAAAACCGCUGUAGUUGCACUUAAAAAUGAAGGGGAAACAGAAAACAACAUUUUGCAAUACAAGGAAUCCGUGAUGAAACUACUGAAUUUACAAGCAUUACAGUGAAAAUUGACAUUCCAUGCGCAUCUCCGAUCUUAUGUCAAUAUACAAAGAUAAUCUAUGAUAAUAUUACUUUGUAGGAAAUUGUGAAUGUAGUUAUCCAUGAUAUUCUGGACCUUCAACAAAACAAGUUUUCCGUAGAAUUAUUAAUAAAAUUUUAAAAUUUCAAAAACC